UCAUCCAUUGCGAACGUUUCUCGUGCUUUUCGCCUGUCGUGGUUCCGAGAUUAUUUUCCAUAAUCUCUUCGUUUUUCUCUUUAUCAACUUCAAGUGGUGAUACGACAUCUUUCGUUCUGCGGCCAUUCCCGUUAUCGCUUUUCAUUGUUUUUAAAAGGAUAGUUAGAUCCGCAGAUUACAGCAAAAGUGCAGACUGUUUCAGAGGAAAACGAAAGAUGUUCACCUUAAGCCGGAUUUUGGUAGUGGCACCAUUGUUGCUUCUGGCAGCGGUGGCCCAAGCUCACGAAGAUACACAAAGUGUUCUUCUCACCAAGGAUAACUUUCAAUCGGAGCUGGAUGGAAGCAACUAUUUCGUUAUGUUCUUUGCCCCAUGGUGCGGCCACUGUAAAAAACUUGCCCCUACAUGGUCCAAACUAGCGGAAUCGAAGUCGCUUCCAGUCAAAAUCGGCCGAGUGGACUGUACCAACGAUGGAGAUAUAUGUAGCGAACAGGACGUCACCGGAUAUCCAACGUUGAAGUUUUUCAAAGCCUCUGAAGACGCGGUCAAAUAUCGGGGUGCUCGUGAUCUGGAUGCUUUCACCGCUUUUCUACGUGAGCAGCUCGGUCUGGAAGGUGAAGACGACGAUGAUGAGGAAUCGGAAUCGAAUUCGGUAGCGGAACCACCGAAACCCGUAUCGCCGUUGGUCGAACUGUCGGAUGACACAUUUGCCAAGCACAUCUCCAGCGGUAAACACUUUGUCAAGUUCUUUGCCCCUUGGUGCGGACACUGCAACAAGUUGGCCCCCACGUGGGAGGAACUGGCACGAACUUUGGAACAUGACACCUCCAUCAGCAUUUCGAAGAUUGACUGCACUCAGUACCGACCAAUCUGUACGGAUUUUGAAGUUAAGGGAUAUCCGACGCUUCUUUGGAUCGAAGACGGUAAAAAAAUUGAAAAGUAUUCCGGAUCGCGAACUCACGAAGAUUUGAAAGCGUACGUUUCCAAAAUGGCCGGCGGAUUAAGCCUGGGCGAAGCGUCUGCUGAAAAGGUCGACGGAACGGAAAAGGACAACACUUCGAUCGUGUUACAACUGUCGGAAGUGGACUUUCAACACGCUAUCGGCAAGGGUGUCACGUUUGUUAAGUUCUAUGCCCCCUGGUGCGGUCACUGUAUGCGACUGGCUCCGACCUGGGAACAAUUGGCGGAGAAGUUUGUCGGUUCGGACACGGUGAAAAUUGCCAAAGUUGACUGUACUCUGGAGGUCAACAAGGAACUAUGCGGUGAGCAGGAAGUGAACGGUUAUCCGGUUAUGUUCAUCUACCGGAACGGGGACAAAUUGAGCGAAUACAAUGGCAAUCGCUCGCUGGAGGAUCUGCACGAUUUCGUUACCCGGCAUUUGGGUGAACACGAUGAGCUGUAAGCUUUCCACUAUCAGAUAAGGUGUGCAUGUAGUGUCCCCGCCAAUUGUAAUACAAUCAUAUCUCGGCGUGUUGAGAGCAUCCGGACAAAAUCACAAGCGAGUUGUACAAGAGACGAGAAUGACUUACCCGCAGAAGCAUUUAUAAAAUAAAAGUGAAGAUAAGCCAAACUGUAAUGUCA